CAUCGGAACACUGUUAGCUCGCGAGCUAACCUUAUCGUAUACAGGUUUCGUGUCGGCCUGAAAACUGGAGCCGAAAAAGACACGGAAAAGCUACACGAUCGGAAAAAUCUCGCAAAGGCUGCAAAGAGGAUCGGCACGAUGCCGCACAAUUUCCAGCCCGGAGACCUGGUUUUCGCUAAAAUGAAGGGAUACCCCCACUGGCCAGCCAGGAUUGAAGAUGUGGCAGAUGGGGCAGUGAAGCCACCCCCCAAUAAAAUCCCCAUUUUCUUCUUUGGGACACAUGAAACUGCAUUCCUUGCACCAAAGGACCUUUUUGCCUAUGAGAAGUACAGGGAUCGCUAUGGGAAGCCCAACAAAAGGAAGGGCUUCAAUGAAGGCUUAUGGGAGAUCCAGAACAAUCCACAUGCCUCUUACAGUGCUCCGCCUGUACCGGCCAGCUCAUCUGACAGCGAGGGCAACGACGGUGGAGGAGGAAGCGACGAAGAUGAUGACGAGGAAGCUGUGGUGCCUAGGAAACUGGACUCAGAAAGCGAGGCCGAUUCAGACUCCGGGAGCGAAGACCGAGGAAGGGGCGGCGGAGUGAAGCGGAAGCCGCCGGCUGCUAAGCGCCCUCCUCCUCCAAAAAAGGCCCGGGAGUCAUCCAGUGACCGAGAUGAAGAGGAAAGUGGAUCCCCUUCUGAACCGGAACCCUCCCCCUCUGAAUCAGACUCCGGCAAGAACAGUGACCAGGACUUCACGCCAGAGAAGAAAUCUGUUGGGCGAGGUGGGAAGAAAGCUGGAGGGAGGGGGAGGAAGAAGAAGGCUUCGUCUGACUCAGACUCUGACUCCGAGUCGCAGUCAGAAAAGAAGGGCGCGGACAGUGAGUCAGAAGAUGAGAAGCCGCGGCCGGCUCUUUCUGGCUCAGAAUCCCAGUCUGGUUCGAAGUCUGACUCUGACGUAGACACGCCUCCACGGAAGGGCCCUCAGGGGCGCAAGAAAGAAAAACCACCACCAAAGCCUCGGGGGCGGAAACCCAAACCUGCCCCUGCUAAACGAGCGCCUUCUUCAUCCUCCGACAGCGACAGCGACAGCGAGCCCGACCGCAUCAGUGAGUGGAAGAAGCGUGACGAGGAGCGCCGCCGUGAGCUGGAGGAGCGCCGGAAGAGGGAGGAGGCAGAGGAGCUCCGCCGGCUACGCGAGAGGGAGAAGGAGGAAGACGAGAAGAAGAAGAAGGACAAGGAGAAAAACAAAAAAGGAAGCGACAGCAGUAGUAGCUCAGAUGAGGGCGUAGAUGAUCACCCGCUGAAGAAGUCUAAGAAACCCCCUCCGCCCCCUAUCCCCGCACCCUCCGACUCCGACUCUCCGCCACCCUCUGAGGUGAAAAAACAUGCCAAGCGGUCGGACAACCAAAAGAAGGCGAGAGCCAAGAAGGAAAAGGAAGGGAAAGACAAACACAAAGAGAUGAAGGAGAAGAAAGCCCAGCGGUCAGAGGAGAAGUCCAGAGCGAGGUCCAAGCCUGAAAAACCCAGACGCAGACCCGAGAGGCCUACAGAGAAGAAAGUGGAGAAGAAAAAGGAGCCAUCACCAGAGGAAAAGCUGCAGAAACUCCACACGGAUAUCAAGUUUGCACUCAAAGUGGACAACCCAGACAUUGAGCGGUGUCUACAAGCCUUGGACGAGCUUGAGGCUGUGCCUGUCACCAGCCAAAUCCUUCACAAGAACGCUGAUGUUAUUGCCACCCUUAAGAAGAUUCGGCGGUACAAAGCCAGCAGUGCAGUAAUGGAAAAAGCCAGUGACGUCUACAAUAAGUUAAAACUCCGGUUUGUGGGAAAGACGGAAGUGUCAGCCAAACCUAAAAUGGAGGACAAGGAGCCACAAGAUAACGGGAAAGACACUCAAAACACAAAUUCCACACCUGUGAACGGGGAAUCGGAACAGAAAACAGAAGAUAUGGAGGUAGAGGAGAAGCCAAAGUCCCCUGCCCAGAAGGAGAAUGAUGAGCACACGGUGUUAAGUCCAAACAGGCACAGCCCAGGCAGCCCUGUGGAACAACAGACGCACACAUACGAGGAAACAGACCACAGCAUCCUUGCAGAGACAGAACCACCUGCGAUCGAGAGCUGAAGACCCCGGAGGAGCGACUACAGCGGACCAAGUGCUUUAAAAAAAGAAUUUAAAAAAAUGGCGGCCUCCCUCUGUUUGACGUCAUUCAGUCCUUCUGGCCGCAAAAGGCACUGCAGCUCAUACCCAGAAUUUCAUACCUGUAAAGCUAAUGUUGAUGUUUUGGACAUUUUGUACUGUAAUGACAGCAAACCAGAGGGCCUUCUCUGUUCAAACACUUUGGUCUGUUGCUUUCUCACAGCAAAAUGGAAGGCUCACUAGUGUGUGAGAAUUUGUGGCGCUGUGCAAACCCCAUGUGUAUGGUUUCCCCCCCCCCUUUUUAUACAGUGCUCAGCCCAGCCUGGAUUUUCACCAUCCCCUUGCUAUACACUACCUUGCUUUUUCUCCCACAUUGCCUCUUUGGUCUUUCAUGCUGUAUGUAUAUUAGGAAAUUCCAUUUUUAGCACUUCUCAAAAGAAUUUAGGCUGGGAGUAGUAAGGAGUCUUGCUGUGAAUGUUUUACUUUGAAGACUUUGUGCAGUCACACACUUCAGUUGGCUUUAGCAGUUUUUUAAAGCCUACAGGAUGUCACAAAAGACCUUUUGUCCAGUGUAUGUUAAGGACAGAGAGUGGCAAAGUGCUAUAUCUGUGAGUCUUUUCUGUUGGAUUCUUGUUUUUUGUUUUUGUUUUUUGUUUUUUAUUAUCUGAUCUUACCUCCUAUUAGUCCAGUAUAAAAUAUUAAGCCAUUGAAUGGAGUCACUUAAACUGUUUUCCAGCUGAGGUCCACCUACUUUUUAUAAUCACAUCUUCAGAUAUUACUAUCUAUAUUUUUGACUUAACAAAUGAAUGCUGUGGAGUUACACACCUUGCCAUCUUGUCUUCCCUUAGUGUCCGCUUUCAGUAACUUGCAUAUUAAAUGGGAAAAGUGUACAGAUUAAAGUAGGCCCUUAUUUGCAAGUUGUGCUAAAGCUAGUCAGGUCCCAUGUAGCUGCAGUCUUCUUUUGACAUUUGCCUGUCAUAUGCAUACAGCAGAAGUGUGUUUUUAGUGCUAAUGUAAAUUGGUAAGAUAUUUGUAUCAUUUAGUUGAGACUUGAAUAAAAAUCUCAGCAUGUU